GGAGUAAAAUAUCAGAGUCAGCUUCGGACAUACGGCUUCCAACACAUCUGACCAAUAGUUCCCCACUUUCCAGGUGACAUACAUCCCUCGCUUGACUCGCUUCCACGGUCAGUGCUCCGAUCAAUCUGCACCGGACCUAGGGUUCUGUCUUCGCCGGAAAAUCAAUCACUGGCCGGAGAAUUCAUCAACUCCGGAUCUUUCCAAUCGAACUUGUGGAUCGCACAAGUAUAAGCAAAUUUGAGAUGAUUCAUUUGUAGCAGCAAAAGUAAACUGAUUGAACUUGCUGUUGAGGACAAAAGUACAUACAGAGAUAAUUAGAAAUGAGUGUGAGCCACGCGUCAGUGCAUCCUGUCGACGCGCCGCCGCUGCAAACGGAGGCAGCGAACGUGCCAAGAGUGAGGAUGAAGGAUGUACAGGGCAUGCCUGGCACGAUCGGUGGAUUCUUCUUACGGUUCGCGCAGUUCGUGUUUGCUGUUGUCGCUCUUUGCGUCAUGGCUACCACCGGUGAUUUUCCUUCCGUCACUGCUUUCUGUUACCUUGUUGCUGCUGCUGGCUUGCAGAGCUUAUGGAGCUUGUCUCUAGGAGUUCUUGACAUUUAUGCUCUUCUUGUUGGACGGUGCUUGCAAAGUUCUCAGAUUGUGAGUUUAUUUGCUGUUGGUGAUGGGGUCACUUCUACCCUCACGUUUGCUGCAGCCUGUGCUUCUGCUGGCAUUACUGUACUGAUUGGCAAUGACCUUGGUGUCUGCUCUCAGAAUCACUGCACAGAGUUUGAGACUGCUACUGCCAUGGCCUUUCUUAGCUGGUUCUGUGCUAUGCCAUCAUUUCUCUUAAACUUUUGGUCACUUGCAUCUCGGUGAAGAGGAAGAAUGGUUCUCAGGAAAUACUCAAACAAUAUCCAAACAUUUUUGUAAAGAACUGAUUUUUGUUCUGAUAUUGCAGAUGUUUGUCUGGAUGAUCCAUGUCCAAAAAACAUACAAUUGCCGCUGCAGUGUGUAAAUACAAAUUGUGUAAAGCAGGUCAAUGCGCAAACUUGAGUUGUGCUAUGCUUGUUGGCUGUUGCUAUAUGUGCAGGAUUGUGCAAAAGUAUAGUGGGCACCCUUGAAUCUUUGA